AUGGAAAAAUACAUUAAAUAUACAUCUACGAUUUCCUGUGAUGAACAAAAUAUCGGCGAAAGGAAUGUUCGAAAGAAAAGGGAUGAAAACGAUGUUGGGGAUGUUGAUGUUGAUGUUGAUGUUGGAGAUGUUGGGGGUAUUGGAGACGUUGGAGAUGUUGAUGUUGGAUUUGGGGGUAUUGGAGACAUUGGAAAUGUUGAGGAUAUUGGAGAUGUUGGGGAUAGUGGAGGAAAUGUUGGAGAUGUUGGGGAUGUUGAUGUUGCACAGCUUCCCUCUGAUCCUGGAUUGAGAGUUCCAAUACAGAAUUAUGAUGUUAAUAUUCGAGAUGCGAUUCGAAGAGCAUAUAUGCAAAGAGGUCCUUGUCAACCUCGCAAUCAUAUAUUUCCACCCACAAAAAUAGGUAAAGUAGAUCGACGAUUUUGUGUUUCGUGGUAUAAUGAGCAUCCCACUUGGUUGGAAUACAGUAUAGCAAAGGAUGCAGUGUUUUGGUUUUAUUGUUGUCUUUUCGGUUUGAAUGAUGGUUCAUUUGUUAAAGGCAGAUUUUCAAAUUGGAAAAAGAAAGAAUAUAUAGGAAAACACGUUGGGGCUUCAAGUAGUGCACACAAUCAAGCUCGGGUCAAAUAUGAAUUGUUCAACAAUCAAGAACAAAGUAUUCGAUCUCAUCUCGUUAAACAAUCGCAUCAAGCUCGAACAAAUUAUCGAAUCCGAUUAAAUGCUUCAAUUGAUUGUGUUCGAUUUCUUCUACGACAAGGGAUGGCAUUUCGUGGACAUGAUGAAUCCGAAGAUUCAAACAAUCAAGGAAACUUUCUUGAACUAUUGCAUUGGUUGUGUGAUCAUAAUCCUGAGAUUAAGGCCGUUGCUUUGACAAAUGCACCUGAAAAUUUGAAAUUAACAUCACCAAGAGUGCAAAAAGAUAUUGUAAGUGCUAUUGCUUCUGAAUGUCUACAUGUGAUUAUCGAAAAUAUUCAUGAUAGUUUCUUCUCAAUUUUAGUUGAUGAAUCUCAAGACAUUUCUGUGAAAGAGCAAAUGUCAGUUGUCAUUCGUUAUGUGAAGAAUGGGUGUAUAUUGGAACAUUUUAUUGGUGUCAUUCAUGUUUUGAAUACCACAGCUGCCUCACUUAAGGCUGCAAUUGAUCAAUUAUUCUCAACGCAUAGUUUAAGCAUAUCUAAUUUGAGAGGCCAGGGAUAUGAUGGAGCUAGUAACAUGCGAGGUGAGUAUAAUGGCCUCAAAGCACUUAUUUUGAAAGAAAAUCCAAGUGCUUACUAUAUUCAUUGCUUUGCUCAUCAACUUCAAUUAGCUCUUGUAGCCGUGGCACAGAAACAUCCGAAGAUUGAAACUUUCUUCACUACAGUACAUAGAUUGGUGAAUAUUGUUGGAGGAUCAGCUAAACGGAGUGAUCUUAUUCGAUAG